AAAUAUUAAUCAAAAUGAUGUCAUCAUUCCCAUUGGUCUCCUUUCUCAUCACUCUCAUGUUGGCUUCAGCCGUAUGCACCCACGGGGAAAAUCGCGUGAAUGACACCGACGGAAAUCCACUUCGGACGACUGCACAAUACUUGAUCCUACCACUCUCCCCGAGGAGUAACGGAGGUGGUCUUCUCCCAGUCCCCGUUAAACUACAGCCCCUUUGUCCACUUGGCAUCAGCCAAUCCUCGGUUAAGGCCUUAACAGGCCUACCGGUUAGCUUCUCAUAUCCAUACGCGAUCAUGGACACAUAUGUUAACGAAAUGGAAGCUAUAAACAUCGAGUUCAAGUCAGACGCAUGGCCGGGCUGCGAGGAGUUUUCCAAGUACUGGGAAGUCGAUGAAUCCUCAUCGGCUUCAGAGGAGCCUGCGAUUCUCGUCGGUGGUAAAAGCAAACGAAACAGCUGGUUUAGAAUUGAGAGAAAAGAACCUUUUUACGGAGGAGUUGCUUACAAGUUGACCACCUUAACCGGAACCAUUGGAACCGUCCCACCAUUGGGCCAAGCACCACAACUAGUUCUCACCAAUGACUGCGAAGAUUCCUCGUCAAUUCACAAGGUUCAUGGUGAUACUCCGGCUACUACUUCACGUCAGGAGAAGUUAGGUCUAAGGAUGUUCCCUUUCUACUAAUCAACAAGCUAAAAAUCAUGCAAUGUACCUGGACUAAAAUAAUGGGUUGAGACAAUACCCUCAUGCAUGUACCUGGAUUUCCAUAAAUAAAAUAGAACUAUGUUUGCCAAAAAUAA